CGCGCAAUUCUUAAAAGUUGUUUAAAAGUUAUUGGGAAAUUGGGAGGGAAACAGGUGAUUUUGGAUUCGCACGUUUUCUGCUGCAGAGCAAAGAGACGACAAUAUAAGUCAUUAUUGUUUUAGAAUGGUAGCCGGUGUCUGGUAAUUCAGGUUCUUUAGGAAAUGCCAAGGAAACGCAAAUCUUUAGCUGCCGGAGGAAGCAGUCAAGAAGCCCGAUGGAGCGUCGAGUCCCAGAUUGCAUUAUUAAAGUACUAUGAGUACAAGACAAAUAUGUAAUGGAAAAUUUCCCACCAAGAGCGCUGAGCGGCCAGGGUCGUGGGUCACACAAAAGCAUAUGUCUUAUGUGAAGAAAUGAGUCUUGAGAUGCAAAGCUGUCAGUAAAAAUAAUCAUUUUUUCACUGGGACACAGCUUCAAGACAAAAUUGGUAAUUUGAAGACUCGCAGCUACAGGGAGGACCUCUGCAAAAUCCAUGAAAAAUCAGGAAAGACCAAUGGAGGACAGGCGGCAACGGGCGAAAGCAGGAGGCGCAGAGGGAAGAGCGGCGCAGAGAGCACGUGUGUAAUAUUAGCCCCAGUGCGCGGUCUGGGUCUCGCUUGCUCGACCGGCGUGGUGGCCCCUCUCUCGUAGACGUCCACAGCGUCCUCCUCAGUCAGCUGCUCGUCCGCCCCCAGGUGCAGCCUCCGACUGACAGCACCGGCCUCCGAAGAGAGGAAACCCUCAGGUGCAGCCCUCUGGUGGACAUGGUCAACGCGCCGAGGGGUUGAGCAGCAUCAGCGGCGGCGGCGGCAGCAGCAGCGACUGGCGAGGGAGCGCGUGCGUCCGGCCCGGCGAAGGGGAGAAGCAGCGGCGAGGAGCGCGAGCGAGACUCUCAGUCAGUCAGUCGGUCGGUCGGUUGCAGCCAGAGUGCGAUGGUGCUGCAUCAGCAGUGCAGCUAGAGAUACGAACGAGUUGCUGCAGAAACUGCUGAGAUGAGUGCGCGAACCGUGGUGGCAGCGGCCGCAUUGGCCGCCACGUGGGCGGCCGCGGCGGCCCAAGACAAUGGCACGUCGUCGCCGGCUGAAAGCAGCGGCACGACGUGCGAGGACGGACUGAUCAUUCCCAUGUGGCAGCCGCAAGAAAAUCUCACCACUGGCGACCGCUUCGCGCGCGGCCUCGUCUACUUCUUCGCCAUGGUGUACCUCUUCAUCGGCGUGUCCAUCAUCGCCGACCGUUUCAUGGCCUCCAUCGAAGUGAUCACCUCCAAGGAGAAGGAGAUCACGGUCAAAAAGGCCAACGGCGAAACGCAAAUCGUGGUGGUGCGGGUGUGGAACGAGACCGUGGCUAAUCUGACCCUGAUGGCCCUCGGCUCGUCCGCCCCCGAGAUUCUCUUGUCCAUCAUUGAAAUCUACGCCAAGAAUUUCACGGCCGGCGACCUCGGCCCCGGCACCAUCGUCGGCUCGGCCGCGUACAACUUGUUCGUCAUCAUCGCCCUCUGCAUCUACGUCAUCCCGCCUGGCGAAGUGCGAAAGAUCAAACACUUGCGAGUAUUCUUCGUGACGGCCACAUGGUCCGUGUUCGCCUACGUGUGGCUCUACCUGAUCCUGGCCGUCAUCUCCCGCGGCGAGGUGGAGGUGUGGGAGGCCUUCCUCACCUUCCUCUUCUUCCCGGCCACCGUGCUGACGGCCUACAUCGCCGACCGUCGCCUUCUCAUCUACAAGUAUCUGAACAAGAACUACCGCAUGAACAAGCGCGGCAUGAUCGUUGAGACCGAAGGUGGCACCGACCUUGAGAUGAACCACGUUGACGGCAUGUUGAAGACCUUUGACGAGGAGGAGAACGAAGAGAUUCGCGAGUUCGAGCAGAACCGCCGCGAGUACAUCACGAUGUUGCGUGAAUUGCGCAAGAAACACCCCAACAUUGAGAUGGAGCAGAUCGAGGCGAUGGCACGCGAGGAGGUGCUCAAUAAGGGUCCCAAGAGCCGCGCCUUCUACCGCAUUCAGGCCACCCGCAAACUCAUGGGUGGCACCAACCUGGUGAGGAAGGCGCAGGAAAAAGAGGCCGCCGACCGAGAGGAGGUCAAGGAGGCCGCUGAACCCGUUGAUGAACACAAGAUCAAGGUUUACUUUGACCCAGGCCACUACACCGUGAUGGAGAACGUGGGCACCUUCGAAGUGACCGUCGUCCGUGAGGGCGGCGACCCCAACGCCAUCGUCCUUGUCGACUACGCCUCCGAGGACGGCUCGGCCAACGCCGGAGCCGAUUACAUGGGAGUGGCCGGCACGCUGGUCUUCGGGCCGGGCGAACGCGAGAAAAAGUUCAGCAUUGAGGUGCUGGACGACGACGUCUUUGAGGAGGACGAGCACUUCUACGUGCGCCUCACCAACCUGCGUUUUGGCAGCGCUGAGAACUGGCCCGGCGCGCAAAACGGCGACGCCAACAACAGCGCCGUCACGCCGACUGGCAAGGGCUCCUGCACGGACGAGCUCGAGCUGGCGAUGCCCUCGUUGGUGACAGUCAUGAUUCUGGACGACGACCACGGUGGCAUCUUCAGCAUCGCUGAGAAGGACACGAUCGAGUUGGUUGAGAGCGUCGGCACCUACGAACUCAGGGUGGUGCGCUGGAGUGGCGCCAGGGGGCGCGUCGCCUUGCCCUACACCACCGAGGACGGCACCGCCAAGGAGGGCAAGGAGUACGAGAAGGCCGAGGGCGAGCUUAUCUUCGAAAACAACGAAAGCGAGAAAGUUAUCCCGUUGCACAUCAUGGAGGAGGACAGCUACGAGAAGGACGUUCUAUUCUACGUGCAGCUCGGCGAGCCCAAGAUGCUCGGAGGAAGGGCAGCAGAGGCUGAGGGCAAGAAGCCUGAAGAGCUGACCGAGGAGGACAAGAUGGCUCUGCUGGGCAGGCCGAAGCUUGGCGACGUCAUCAGGGCGCAGAUCAGGAUCAAGGAGAGCAAAGAGUUCAAGAACACUGUAGACAAGCUCGUCCAACGCGCAAAUGCCUCCAUCAUGGUUGGCACAUCCUCUUGGAAGGAGCAGUUCGUUGAGGCCAUCACCGUUUCCGCAGGCGAAGACGACGACGAGGAAGAGGGUGCCGAGCCCAAGUUGCCCACCUGCGGCGACUACGUCAUGCAUUUCCUCACUCUCUUCUGGAAGCUCCUGUUCGCUUUUGUGCCCCCCACAGACCAAUUAGGUGGCUGGGUUUGUUUUGUGAUUUCGAUCGCGUGGGUUGGCGUUUUGACGGGUCUGAUCGGAGACGUUGCUUCGCAUUUUGGUUGCACGCUCGGCAUUCGCGACGCAGUGACCGCCAUCUCGAUAGUCGCUUUGGGCACCUCAGUGCCAGACACAUUUGCGAGCAAAGUGGCUGCCAUCCAGGACAAAUACGCUGACGCUUCUGUGGGCAAUGUGACAGGAAGCAAUGCUGUCAACGUGUUCUUGGGCAUCGGCAUUGCCUGGUCAAUCGCCGCGGUCCAUCACGCACUUAAGGGAGAAACCUUCAAGGUCAAUCCUGGAAACCUUGCCUUCUCAGUGACGAUAUUCUGCUCAGAAGCAGCAUUGGCGAUCAUGAUUCUGUUGUUAAGACGUUCAAAACGUGUUGGUGGUGAGCUGGGCGGACCAAUGCCCUACAAAAUGAUCUCCUCGGUGUUGCUUUUCUCACUGUGGCUCAUCUACCUGCUGCUGUCCUCCCUGGAGGCCUACGACAUCAUCGAGGGAUUUUAAGGCGCCUGUGCUCGCGCGCGCGGUCGCUCCCUGGCAGCACCACGAAUGCGCUAAGAAACAAAACCGACCAUUCAAACCGACUCAUACACGCAGAAGAGAACCAGAGCACGAAUCAAACUGAGCUCGGGGGCCUCAGUGCAAGGCCCAGCAAUAAAGACAAGCCAAAGAAUCGAGAAUGAAGACGACCGACCGACUGCUUUUGCUGCCACAAACAGAACAAUUAACAAAAAGUUGCUGCCCGGCGUCACAGACAUUUUGCGAGAGAAGUUGUUUUUAUUGAGAACGAAUCACACAUGUGCUUUUCUUUCUUUUUUUAUUUUUAAGAGUUAGAAAGAACGAAGAUAAUCAAUCAGCUCUGUGCAUCAGCCAUCGGGCAAUCGAUUUUUAUCGUCAUUGCCGCGUUUAGAGAGAUUUUAUUAUUUGCCAUUUUUUUUCUGAUUUGAUAUUUAAUGAGAUAGUAUUAUGCACGGAAAAACUCCCUGGUCGUACAAGGCUGUGGUGGUCAAAAUCCGCACACCCGCGGUGCUACAAAGAUCUAAUUUUGUCUUUCUAGCUCAGGCAGGACGAGUUAAUUUCUUCAACCUUUCACACACACACACACUAGUCCUUGGUUUAGCCAAAAGCCUCCCUCCCGGUGGUAUGAAGCUGCCGCAAGUUGACGCGAGAUCCACACGCGCUCUUGGCCAUAUUUCCAUUUUUGAUAUAUUUGUUGAUAGAUGGUGGGCGGCGCGAGCUGAUCAAAAUUUUAACUCUGCAUUUUCAAAGUUGGUUGAACUCGCCAAGCUCCACGCACCUAAUUAGUUUCCUUUCUGCCGCCAAUUCACACAAUAGAGGGGAACAAGAUGAGAAUGUUUUACGCCCCUACACAUUGAUUUUUGAUUUGUCUAGUUUACUGUUCUUUUCUUUUUUGUUUUCAACUACUUGCUAUUUACAAACAAAAGAGCAUGUGGAUAUUAGAAACCGAACUAAAAGAAGAAAAUUAAAUGACCCAGGGAUAUUUAAAAUAAUUUCUACUUGUAAGUUUUUGUGAAUGCUGCUAACAGGUGAUCAACCAAGCGUGUAUUUUGUGUGUGCAAGUGAUGAGAGCAGGUAUUUGAUGUUUGACGUACACACAUGUGCAGAGUGUUCUUCGCCAGUGCCAUACUUCGAUAUCAUUACUCUUAACUAACUCCGUGCUCGCCGUAUUUUUAUCAACGAUUAGACAUUGUGUCCCCCAACCGAAAAAUAAAAUACUAGUCGGAUACUAUAGAGCUCAUAGAUUGGAUAAAACACCUCAUCCCCACGAUAUAAACAAAGUCCUUCAUUAUUUGUUAAUGGAGUCACUGCAUCAACUAAUCUAACGAAUUCCUCUAGAUGAGUAGAUUUAUCAAUUAAUAUUUGGUUCUCAAAUUUGUCAUUGCUCUCUUUCUUCUUCCAAGCAAAGAAUUUCCGUCGAAAUGUGGACUUGUACGAUCACUUGCAAAUCCAACAUUUUCCACUGCAGAUUAAUCUUUGUUCAUUGGAUGCUUUUUAUUUCUUUCCCUCAGUCAAUACUUCCCUCGGUUAGUAUUAUUUUUUUUUUAAUUUGUUAAAAUUUUUAAAUGAAGAGUUGCAACUUAUUGCUGACGUAUAUACUUAUUAAUCUUGCAGCUAUCGAUCCGCUUAAAACAUAUAAAAAAAAACUAUACGCGCACUAUUUUACGGCAAACAAUAACCCUUGAGCAACGCGAUCCUCUCUAAAUAUACAUCAUAACUCUUAAGAAAGAAUAAAAUGUACAUUGAAUAUGGGUCCAUCCGUGCCUGAUUUGGCUGGGAGAAUCGUGACGAUGAUAAAAAAAAGGAGGGGUUUCGAUAAUUUCGCAUCUGGCUUGAUUUGCAAUUUCGAUUUUUGCACUUUUCACUCGCUCGCACAUCAUUGGCACUGCUCUUUUCUGAAGCGUUUGUCCAGCAAAUCAGUCUAAAAGUAGAAAUUACAGAGUUUUAUUCAAGUCGGUGAUCGAGAAAAAUAAUCAAAAUCUACCCAACACCAGCAGAAAAGCGACACAAAUCACGGGAGACAAGAAAUUAGAGCAGCAGUUAAAGUAGAUUUUGUACUACAUUUCGAGAGAGUAAAAAAAGUACUUUUGUAUUUUAAACGAUUAGCGGAGAAUGACAGCUAUGAAAAUCUUAGCUAGUUCACUUCCCCUCGAAAAAUAAAAAAAAUUGAAACAAUCAGUAUUCUUUAAGGAAAUUUUCAAUCAAAAUUUUGCGGAAAUAAAGUGCAAAUUGUUAUUUUGAUCGCCUGUCCUUGGUAAGCGGAUGAACGACAAAUUGAAAAACAUAUCCCUUAAAAAUCUGAUGAAAUCAAGACCGAGGUAAAAUUAGUUUAAAAAAGCUUCUUUUGCCGUUAUUAUAUAUUCUAAACGCAGCAUCGAUCGUAUAUAUUUCAGUAGUAUUUUUCUUUUCUUGUGAGAGGUGACUUGUUGAAUAAAUCGUCCGUCCCAACUCCCCAAACAAAUGAAAUUGAAACAUAUAAAAUCAAUCUAAAUUGAACAAAAAAGAGUUUUUGAGCAAUGCAAAUCAUUCCAAGAGUAACCCAGCAUAAAUCAAUUGUUGUGAAUAAUGUAACUCGCCCUAUAAUAUCUUACAGAUAAUACGUGUUUGAUUUGCUACAAAGUAAAUCCUUUUGGGUGUGACUCAUUACGAUAAUUUUUUUACUUAAAAUCAACAAUUAACACUUUAUAAAAAGAACAGGUGCAAAUUGUUUUGUUAAAAUUGAAGACAGGGGAAGCGCCUGCACACAAAAACGAGAGCAGCUUCUUAAAAAAAAAUAUAUAUACGUGAUUGUUUAGAUUUAUUAUAACAUAAUUGCUCGACGUAUUUUUCCAAACGGAUCAGAUGUGGUUGUUAUAUCAUGAUUGUGGUCAGUACACUCCUUGAGUGGUUAGUGUUGUAUUUGAAAAAAAAAAUAUAUAUUAAAAGCGAGUGAUUAUUUUAUCAGAGAUCUAAAAUGUUGAAUUUUUACCUUUUAAAAAUUUUCAAUUAUAUCGUUGUUGUUUUCUGUUAAUAUAAAUAACAAAAGAGAAAAAUCGUUUUGCAAAUGUUAAUCAAACGCACCAUUUCAAAAUCGCAUCAGAGGAAAGUAUUAAAAUUGAAGAAUUAUAUUCUUAUUAUCAUAUAUAGCGAUAAGCAUCGGUACAUAAAUUAAUGUAAUAAAUAUAGCAAUGUAACACUACAUUGUGUUGUUAAAUUUUACCCAAAUAUUCUAAAAACCGGAAAACUAAUUAAGCAUUAAAACACCUCGGCCACUCAACCAACAAGAAAUAAACGCAUUAUAAACUUGCUUUCAAGGGAUGAUUUGGUAUCAUUUUUAUUGAAAAUGUUCACAAGAAAAAUUGAUUGACUUACUAAUAAUGACAGUUGUUGUGAGAGCACAAUGCUAAAACGCAUUUAUCCAUAGAAGAGGCAUCAAAAUGUAUAAAGGGCGAGCGCAUUUUCAUGUGUGAAUAUUGCAGUAAUCUUGCUACACGAUUUUCAAGUCAAAUUUUUAAUUUCAUUUCAAGAGCCGUUCAUUUUGCUGUCUCUUUUCAACUUUAAAGAGCCUAACUUUUCCCUAGCUUGUGUUUGAAAAGUUAGGGACUCCCUUAAUUAACCUGUGCCCUUAAUUAAACAAAGAAAAAUAUCAACUCACGCAUCAAAAUGUUUACUUUAAUUUUUACCUGGCGACUUAAUUAAUAAAUGCGACGCUCUGUGAAACCUUUCGGUUUUCCUGAAAAUUGUUUUUUUAGGAAGCUGUGCUUUCUAUCAGUUGUGAAUAUUGAAAGAUCCGCUACAUGGAGUUGAUUUUCGUGUUUUGGAUUAAACAUACACACUUUACACACAAAGUCAAAAAGCUUGUGUUAAACGUAAUAACUUAGAUGGAAUGUCUGUUUUCGCAAGAGGUAUUUCACACACACACAUACACACACACAACUCAACAAUAUAUGUGGAUCUUAUUUAUUUGUUACUAUUCUUAUGAUUAUUAUUUGUUUAGCUGGAGAGUUGUUGUAUUACCUGUUUAAUGAAACUAACUCAUAGUAUUGUUACCCGUGGCAAGCUCAUUUUUAUCAAUUUUGGUUUCUGCAUAAAAAAGAAAACGCAAAAAUUUAUAAAA